AUUCAUCCCUCCUGUCCUCUUCCAGAAACUAAAUGGUAUGAAACUGAUAAAGCAACAUUCCCUUCUGUCCCACGCACCCCUAAGACUCUGGACCCUGCCCCUCCCAAAGCUGAAGCUAAAGCAAAGGCUCUGAAGGCCAAGAAAGCAGUGCUGAAAGGCGUCCACAGUCAUAAAAAAAAGAUCUGCACGUCACCUACAUUCCGAUGGCCCAAGACACUGCAUCUCUGAAGGCAGCCCAAAUAUCCUUGAAAGAGCGCCCCCAGAAGAAACAAGCUUGACCACUAUGCCAUCAUCAAGUUCCCUCUGACUACCAAGUCAGCCAUGAAGAAAAUAGAAGACAACAACACUCUUGUGUUCAUUGUGGAUGUCAAGGCUAACAAGCACCAGAUCAAACAGGCCGUGAAGAAGCUCUAUGACAUGGAUGUGGCCAAGGUCAACACUCUGAUCAGGUCCGAUGGAGAAAAGAAAGCAUAUGUUCAACUGGCUCCUGAGUAUGAUGCUUUGGAUGUUGCCAACAAAAUUGGGAUCAUCUAAACUGAGUCCGGCUGGCUAAAUCUAAAUCUAAAUUUUUUCAACAUAAAAAAAAUAAUAAUAAUAGUACAUAAAUAACAAUAAAAAAAAACAAUUAGGGG